GGUGCGCUGGCCUCGUUCGGGGCAGCCCAAUUAGCCGGCCGCAGCGGUGCCGAUAGCGGCAAUAUUCGAUGCGAUGCGGGCCCUCCUCGCGAUACUAGUGCUGCUCCGCGCCGGCACGCAGGCCCGCAUGGCCACGCCGUGUCGCGCCGGCACGGACCACUGCAAAAUCGUGAACACGCAGAAGAGCAUCCGGGCCGCCGCGGACCGCGCGCGGAAAAGUGCGGCGGAGGCGAAGGACGCCGUGCGCAUGAGCCGCGCCACGUCGGUAGCGAGAGAAGCCGCCGUCCGCGCGCUGACGAACCUCGUCAAUACGCCGCGGCACGUCGAGGCCGCGCAAGCGUCGCUGGCGAAGACGAAGGCGUCGGCUGCUCGCGUCGAAAGGCUGGCACCGUCGAUCCAACGGGAUAAUCUGGUCGAUCUGGCGCUAGCCGCCGUAAACGCGGCAGACGAGGCGACGCAGGCGCAGGUCGCCGCGGCGGCGGCGCGCGCGGCGGCUCGGGCGUCGGAAGGAGCGCAAAAAUCGGAUGCACAACGGGCCUGGGGGUCCGGCGACGUGCGAUUGAUCGAACGGAUGGCUAGAGCGGCCGAGGACGCGUUGGCGGUCGUCGAAGAGACCGAGCGCAAACACCGCCACGAGACGGCCGUCGACGAAGCGUUGGAAGCCUCAGAACUUGUGGAGAGGCAGUCGCGACGGGCGCACCGCGCCGCGUACGAGGCGCGGAUGACGGCUAAGCACAUCGCGUUCGGCGCCGACGACGCGCGCGGCCGCAUGAGCGCCGCCGCCGACUCCGCGAUGACCCACGCCGUUGAAGCUGCCGCUGCGGCUCGGGAGGCCAAACCGUUGGGGGCCGAAGCGUCUCGCCUGGCCAAGGAGGCGAUCGCGAGAACGGGCAUCUGUUCUUCAUCAGAACGGAACGUCUCUUCAGUUGCAGGGACCUGCUCGGCACAAAGGCCUAGACCGCAGGGCGUCGAGGUCGAGAAGUGCGACGAGGACAAGGGUACGUGUUACCCGGACUGGAACGAACUUGGUUUCUAUGCGAAGCGGUUCAAGGCCCAGACGCUGAUCUCGAAGGGUGUCCGGCUGUCGCAUCUGAAUAUUGAUCAUUUGGCGGCCUUCAAUCCGUCAUUGGUGGAAUUGCCGGGUCGACUCCGGAAGGAAAUUCGACGGCAAUAUCCACAAGCCUACUACGUGGCUUCCGUCAGACAUAGCUGGGGCCAGUGCCAGCGGUUCAAGUCGUUGUACAAGCUGGCGCCCUACGUCAUUUAUGGGAAAUACAAGUCGACGGCCGAGGUGCCGGGCCGGCACUCGUCCGUGGUGUUGUUAGAUAGGAACUUCUGCGUGCUCGAGAUAGCACAGCAGGACUUCGUGGAGGAGCUCGAACGGCCCAAUUCCGUCGGAUGGCUCGCGGAGGACGUUAAAUUGUUAGAACACAACGGCCGGCUCCUCGCGACGCUCGUGAUGUCGUCAGAGAGUGGCAAGUACUUCCAGGCGGGCUUCGAGCAGCGGUUUGGUGUUUUUGAGUUAAUCCUAGAAAUACGAGAUGAAAAGCUGCACGCCUGGUACGCGCCGCCGUCGCACGAGGUGUUUCCGAGUCUCUCAAACUACUCCACAGCCUCGCAGAUACGGAACCUGGGGUUGUUGGUUUUGGAUGGGAGACUACAAUUCUUGACGUUCCUGGGACUGCAGGCCGAAUUGCAACCUACUUUACUACCUUUAUCCGAUUUACCGUCCACCUUACCACUCUUAGGACAUUUCGGCAAGUGGCUGCACAACAACGUCAAUCCCUUGGUGAUUGAGGAAAGAGGCAUGUUCCUCGUCGUGGGCCACGAGCACGAGCACGCCAUGAAGGACAAAAUUUUCCAGACGACGUCGUGGCAUACCUAUCUCCAUUACUUUAUGUUAUUCAAUACGACGGCGCCCUACAACCUGUUGUCGCGGUCCCCUGCGUUUUGUUUUUCUGACCAGAAAGGUGGGAAGUGCGACCUGAUCCAGUUCGUGUCUUCAUUAACUUGGGCGUCGCCACAACGCGAUUCGGUCGUGGUCAGUUAUGGCGUCAACGACUGCGAGGCGUCCUUCGCGUCCAUUCCCCUGCGGACGAUCCUGGAGUUCACGAUCGGCUGCGGGUUGGACUGGCGGUUGGAGGCCGCGCAGAACUACGCGUCGCAUUCAUUUCAAUUGCAGGCUCAAGUGGCUCUAGGAGAGAACGCCAUCUAACAACAAC